AUGGCCUCCACGGCCUCCGUGGGCUCGCAGUCCAACGGAGAGCCAUCCUCUCCCUUUGAAAGCCCGACUUUCGAGAAAGACGUCUCCAUUCACGUCAGCGAGACCAUCGGGGCCGCGUCCAUAUCCCCAAGUGGGCGGGAUGUCGUGUUAGCUUCGCGCAACGGCCUCAAUAUAAUUGACCUUGACAACCCCUACUCGCCGCCCCUCCACAUAGCCAACCGCUCGCAGUGGGACGUCGCGGACGUGCAAUGGUCUCCCUUCGCAGAUCGAGCGUCCUGGAUCGCCAGCACCUCUAACCAGAAAGCGCUGAUAUACAAUCUCGAUCUCCUGGGAAAGACACCGCGGGCCCCUAUUCAAUAUACUCUGCAUGCUCACACACGCGCCAUCACGGACAUAAAUUUCUCAGCGCACCAUCCUGAUGAACUGGCAACCUGCGCUGUGGAUAGUUUCGUGCACUGUUGGGAUCUUCGUCAGCCAGGAACACCUGCUUUGACGUUCAAUUCUGUGGUGAAGUUCGCCAAACCUUUUGCAAUAUUCGCGGAUUGGGAUGCGGGGGCAACCCAAGUCAAAUGGAACCGUCAAGAUCCACACAUUAUUGCAUCUUCGCAUGAUAAACAUCUGCGUAUCUGGGACCGUAGGAAUGGGGCAGUUCCGUUGAAGACUAUCACAGCACAUUCGACCAAAAUCUAUGGCAUCGACUGGAACCGAACACGAUCUACAGGCAUUCUUACCUGCUCUUUGGAUAAGACAAUCAAGUUGUGGGACUACUCGAAGGGAGACAACCUUGAUCUAGAUGACUCCCAUGCGGAGCGCAUUUUCAGAACACCUUAUCCAGUAUGGCGAGCGCGUCAUACGCCAUUCGGAUGGGGCGUGCUUGCUAUGCCACAGCGCGGGAACUAUGAUCUACAUCUUUACGAUCGUCGUCUUAGCACAGGAAUGAAGAGGAAUGCUGUAGUGCCACCCACGCAUUCGUUUGAAGGCCAUUCAGACUGCGUCAAGGAGUUCUUGUGGCGCUCACGUGGCUCAAUAGAGGACGGCAUCGAUAAUCGCGAUUUCCAACUGGUCUCGUGGGGUACUGAUCGGUAUCUACAUCUCCACAAGAUGAAUCCGGACAUUUUGAAAUCGGUUGGAUUCGAGAAAGGAAAAGAAGUGUUCAAAAAGCCCUACCUUACUCGCAAUGGUGCUGCCUAUCUGACAUAUAGGGACGGGCCGCCUAUCAAGCCCGACACCAACGUGCCUCUGGACAAAGAGCCAGAAAAACUUUCGAGUCAAGCAAAAGGUCAUUUGACUACACUGUUCCAGACUUCCCAGUCUCAGAAAGACGCACGUGCAGCCCCUUUCAAGUCUAUGGACCACCCUACAGCAAUGGUACCCGUAGGGAUGCGGGGCAAGAAUAGCGCCCGAAAAAUCGUCAACACAAUCAAAUGGAUGGAAGGAGUCAAAAUAGGCAAUCGAGACACAGACACCGCGGCGAAAUGGGGAAUACGAGGCACUAUACUUCCUCCACCCCAUCAAUUUACCUGGGAUAGCCCCGAGAGCCUUGGUGAUGAAAUCACGUACGUUGGUGGUAGAUAUAGAAAAGUUGCUUUUGAAGAAGUAGAUGUAGCCCGCCGCAAAGCUACCGUAUCUCUCUAUGGUCCCUGGGGAGUAGACCGUAAAGCAGCUUUCAUUCGAAUCAGCUUGAAGUUCCCCCCGAACUAUCCUCGAGAAUCUGCACCAGACUUCAAUAUCGAAAAGACAACGGCUGCAAUUGCAGAUGAAACAAUACUUAAACUUGAUUCGGAGAUGCAUUCAAUUGCUGAGCUGUACCUGAAUCGAAAGCGUGGCUCUUUAGAAGCUAUCGUCGGGUACGCUCUUGGUGAACGUGGCCUCGAAGAAAGCAUUGAUUUUCUGGAGAUCGAAGAAGAUUCCAAUGUUCGAGGACUCGUUAGGAUCGUCGACGAAGAUAGCUCGAGUGAUGAAGAAGAUGACGAUUUAACAGACCUCAAGGUCGACUUUGAGGGCGCUGUUGAUCUGGAACGCAGUGGUAAUGACAUCCCCGUCAGCACUAAGGCUAACGUUCCCAUUGCAAAGCAGUGUGGAGCAAUGUGGUCAGAGGACGGCCGGCUUGUUUGCUUCUUCCCACCUCCGCCGGAGCCCCGACCCUUAUUUUCGGUCUCGGGGCUACGUCCAGACCGAUUAGGAAAGAGCUGGAGUAUAUUCGAUACGUUUGGCCGACUGAACGCUGGUACAUCUGCCCCUGGAACGGCGCCAGGGAUAGGAGAUGAUGACCAUGCCUCCUUGCAUGACUCCUGGACCUCUUCGUCGUCUACAAGCUCGUCUUCAAGUUCUGAUGCAGAUAAUGCCAUACAAGGAAGAAGAUUCCAGCCUCCAGCAGCAUGGCGAAGAACAACCCUCAAAUUUCAGAAAUCAUCGCAAGUUUCCAGUGCGGGCCAGGGAAACCCCAUCAGACCGAAAUCCAUUGUGUCUAUCAAAGAGGUAGAGGAGCAUCUUCUGCCUUGUAAAAAGGUACUAGCUAAAGAAUACAAAAUCUUUGGUGAUGGCCCCAAAGUUUGCGCGCACAAUGCGGAAGUAGCAAGGAAACAUGGUUUCCAGGACCUUGCCGAAGUCUGGGACAUUUGCAAACUCAUUCUUUGUAACGACGUUCCCCUAGAAAUAUUACCGCAGCAGUAUAGGCGAGAGCAAGUGUUGGUGCUCGCUCGACGAUCCCUCGUCAAGAUCAGACGCAAGGAUAGCGGCAUUGACCUCGCCUUUGACGAUCCUGAAAAGGUUGCGAACCCCAGACUUACCGGCCGAGUCAAAUGGGGUCGUAGUCCAAUCGUAACGUUCCUCAUACCCGCUUUAUUCGACCAUUUCGAAGCACUUGCAGAUACGCAGAUGCUUGCUAUGCUCUCAUGUAUAUUCUCUGAGCCAGCAGCGAAUGAAGGCGUGACCAGCGCCAUGCAGCGCCUUCGUCAGUCUGAUCUUCCUAUGUCUAUGGAAGCACCGGCCUUUUCCCUAGACUACUUCUCGUCCGCCGAAGCAGCUUGGAGUUUAUUCAGGCGUCCCCAGUCUAUCCCCGGUACACCUAGUUAUCCCCCAACGCGAUUUUCUACCCCAGUCAACUCCUGGGAGCGACUUGAUAAGCGGUUAGAUACCUUCGGUUCGGCCGGUUCCUCAAAUGGUCCCUGGGGAAGUGACCAUGUGCCGUCCGAUCCAGCCACUCCGUACUCAACGGGCUACACCCCUCCUACACUAUCUAGGACAAGCACGCAUCGCUCUACUACAAGUGCAACCCAGAGUUAUUCAACGUCGCCAGAGCAGCAUCACCAGAUCAAGAAGUCUAAUUCGAACCUGGCUACGGCGUUUGCCACACUCUCGAGGCCGUUUUCUAUCAAUGCUUCGUCAUCACCUCCGGCAAACCCCAAGCCACGAGGGGAGGGAGACUUGUCUACAUCAGCUCCAACGAGUGGAAUCACAUGGGGCACCAACACAUUCUACAGUAGCAGCAACGCGACUAAUGCAACAGGCCGCUCUAAGCAUGGGAAGCGACCCAGCAUCUCUCAGCUUGAUGGAUCUUACCUUUCUCGCCAUUCCGAGGAAGAUGAAGACCGAAGCUGGAAUGAGGAAGGAUCCUCAGAGCCUGCCUUACCUUCACAAGAGAUCGAUGGCGAUACAACCAUCAAGGUAACGCUCAAGAAUCAAGACCACUUUGAUGACGAGGGUUGCGUUAGUGCGCCCCUUCUUGACCGUUCCAAGGAAUGGCUUUAUCGGCACUACCGGGAGCAAUAUGCCGAGCAGCUCAGUAUUUGGAACCUCAUCAUGCAACGCGCCGAGGUUCUGAAAUUCAACGGCCUAGUAUCAUACUGGCCAGAGAAGAAGAUUGAGAAACCAUCAAAGCAAGAACCAACCCCUGAGGUAGGCACCAUUCCACAAAUUCCAGACCGACAACCUACGAUUCAGCGGCCGGGGCUACAUUGUGGGGGUCGUGCUCAAUCGCAAUCCCUCGAACCCCCAUCAGCCCCAUACGGCGCGCGCCGUCCCUCCCCUACCGAUGACAUCCAAAAUUUCUCGUUCAAUCCAGAAGCGCACGAGUUUCUCCCGGGCACAAAGUCACCUCUCCAGCUCUCGCAACCCCAAUCACCUCAUGGCGAGACCGGCGACUCCUUCCAGGAAUCACUCAGCAUCGAAGUACCGCCCGCUCCCAAUACUAGACCUCCUAACGACACUAAGGGCACGAAGCCACUAGUCAUGCCAAGUAUGUGCGCCGUGUGCUGGAUGCGGCUACAGGGGCUGUUUGUGUUUUGUGGAAGGUGUGGGCAUGCGGCGCAUACGGCGUGUGUGCCUGAUAGCAAUAGUGGGGCUUUCGGUGGUAGCACUGGGAACUGCGCGGCCUAUUGUGGGUGCGAGUGUGGCGGAGAUGAGAAGAUUGAGGGGAGGCCAGACGAGUGGUGGAAAGAGGGCGCGAGUAGUGCGCAGAGUCAGGGAGGAGAAACUCAAUCGGAGGAUUGGAGGAUGAAUGUUGGAUGA